GGAAGAUUCCUCCGCCGAUAAAAAUGAUAGGUAGAGACAUACAAAAACCGUUCAAAAUGCUACAGUACGUGUUUGUAAUGACAUAAUAAAUAGUGUUUACAGACAAAAACUACAAAUUACUUAUCAGUCAUAUCUUAAUAGAUUCACAGGAUUUACAAACGAUGGUAACAGUUGCCUUGUUCAUUAAAAUGGUAGUUAGUUUAAUUAGCCAAUAGCUGGCUGGACCCAAAAAUAUUUAUGUAAUUUUUGGCGUCGUAUAAAAAAGUACAAAAGGAAGUAUAUAUAAAAUGCUUGGGAAUCGUGUUGUCGAGCAUCAGUGAAAUGACUGCUUAAACAUCCCACAGUGGAAUAACUAAUUAUAUGCUUGGUCAAAAGUGAAGUAAGGCGUGAAAAUAUUUUUACUUUGGCUUAAGUGUUAACCGGACAAAUUGACCGACAGUCUCUAAAAUGAAAUUAGAUCAAAGACCAUUGUAUCUCAGCGUGCUUCUAUCAUAUAUAUCAGCCCUGCAAAGUGGCAUUUAUCUUGGUACAACAUAUUGCAAGAGAGGCCACAGGACCACCGGAGCUACACUUAAAGUGGAGAAAGGAGACUAUGGCCAUAUUGCCUCCGCCGGAUACCCCAACAACUAUACAACAGAAGUGUAUCAUGGACACUUGUGUAACGUGGAACUUCAGGCAUGUAGCACGUGCAAGAUAAGGUUAAAGUUCGUGGAACUCCGCUUUCCGGACUGUGAGUCACAAAAAACGUUGGUUGUACAACAGAUCAAAAGUGUUUGUGUGACAGGUUGUGACCAUUUACGGUUAUUUGAAGUUGAUCAGCCGUAUCACCGCUCUACCGAAACGAACUAUUUUUCUGAUGCGGAGGGAUCUGAAUAUGAAACAAUGUCUUCUGGUGUAGUAAUUCAGCACUGUAUGUCAAACGGCACAGGUCUAGAUGGCAAAAGAUUUAAGAUACAGUACGAGGUAAUUGAUAAAAUCCAAAAGAUAACGGGUACAAUAACAGCGCCUCUAUACAGUGCAGGAACCGGUUCUAUAACAUCACCAAACUUUCCUUUUGGUUACGCCCUUAACGGAGAAACAUUUACAUAUAUGAUACAAAAUGUCGAUCCGUACGGUCAUGUACGGCUUGUGUUUGAUGACUGGGAUUUAGCUGAGAAAAGUCAUAUUCAGGUAUAUGAUGAUCUAUCGGGACCAAAUCGUGCUACUAUUUACGGUCACAGAAAACGUCCAACAAUCAUGUCGAAUGGCAAUACAUUAGUGCUGGUGUUUAAUGCUGGGCUUGACAAGUUUGCAUGCUGUAACCACAUAGGCUUUAGAGCAACUUAUACAUUUGUUUCCGAUGAAAAAUGGACAGAAAGACCUCGUACAGAUUGCAGUGACUCGUAUCUUUUAAAGACCGGCGGCGUCAUUGACUUUAGUACAGACCCAAAGGAGUUACCGCAAUGGUAUGAUUGUGUUUGGACAAUUAAAAGAUACAUGGCAAACUUUCCCGAUGGUGUUAUUUUACGACUGGCAGAAAUAAAUUUAGGCAAAGGUUGGCUUGAGGCAGGGAUCAAUUCUUUGGAAGUUUACGAUGGAGUUACCUCCCUUGGUAACGUUAUAGCAC